AUAAAUGAACAAUUAUUGAUGAGAAAAUUAUAAAAGUCCUAUGUAUCGUUUCUGUGAAUUUUAUCACUGAGAAAAAUCAUAAAUAUACUAUCCGUAAAAUCAUAUUAAAUAACAUAAAAUAAAAUUUAAUUAUACAAUUAAUAAGUCAAUCAACUCAAUCAAAUCAAAUUGUGAUUUCGGAAAAUUACCUCCUACAAAUAUCAACACAUUAUUAUUAAUUGUUAGAGAAAAAGUUUAUUCGAAUAACUAAAGUACUUUUGUGGAAUUACAAUUGUUGGUCAGUAGUACUCAAUAUACAUAUAUAUAUAUAUCAACUUUUUCAAGUGAAUACAUUUUUUAUUUUAAAGAAUUGUAUAGAGCUGCGUUUCUAGAAUAGUUGGUUAUGCAAACAGUGCUGUUUAAUUCCUAAUUCUGAUCAAUAAAAGUAACAAAUACGCACGAUAAAUAAUAAUCAACAUGCCAAUACCAAAUAUUCACGUGAAUGCAAUAGACGACACUGAGACAGAUGAGAGACGAAAUAAGAAACCGUCCAUACCUCUAUUGCGUGUAGUCAGUGACAAUGUAGAUGGACAAACAAAUGAUAUACACAACAGUGAUGAUGACGAUGAUGAAGAUGAUGUAAUGACAGCGGAAGAAGAAGCAGCUAUUGCACGUCGAUUUCUUAGUGGAAAUGAUCAAACAGAAAAACGCAGAAUGUCUUCAUUGGACAUGUAUCUUUCGCAACCAGAAGUUAAACCGGAAUCCAUGAUCAUCAAUCGUCAUAUAAGUUUGAAAGAAGAAGAAAAGGGAUUUGAGGCAGAGCAAAUGCUUCUACGUCAAAAAGAACGUGAAGAAAUGGAAAAACAUCAAGAACAAUUGCGAUUAGAACGUGAAGAGGUUAAAAAAGCUAGAGCAACCAAAAGACAUUCGAAAGUCGCAGAAGAACAAGAAUCUAAUAAAAAUCAUCAAGUUAGACGAGUGAAUUAUCAUAAACAAGGUUUGGGAGGUUUGAGUAAAGAACGUAGAAAAAAAUUAAAGGAAAUGAUAUUGCAAAAAGCAAAAAAUGAACUACUUGAAGAAAGAAGAAAAGAAUUACGAAAUCGUGAAGAUCACAUCAAACAACGAGCUCCACCAUUCGAUAUUGAUGGUUUGAAUCAAUUGCAACUUGAAGAGAAGAUUAAGUCAUGGUAUGAGCAAGUUAAACAAUUAGAAUUACAAAAAUACGAAUGGGAACAAAGAUUACGCAAACAGGAUGAAGAAAUUAACGAUUUAACAGCUCAGUUAUGCUCGAUUAAAGGUCAUUUUCAAAAACCAAUUCUUCGUAAAGUUGCUAAACCAAUGUCAACGGAUAGAUUACGUGCUAAAAGUGUUACACCAAAUUUCACAAUCAAAACUGGGCAUAGAAAUUUUGUAGAAAUUAAAAGAAAACUAUCCGAUAGUAGUGAUCCAGGUGUGAAAUCAAAUUUGAAUGGAACCGGUGAAGUAUUUGCAAAUAGCUGAUCAAAGAAAUGCUGAAUUAUUCAUCACGAUAUGAUGAUGAUGAUGAUGAAUUUAUUUUCGUCUGUUAUUCAGAAAAAAACUAACAAACAAUUAUAACAGUAUUGCAUUUACUCUUCUCUUUUUCCCUCAUUACACAAUUUUUUUUACCCAAGAGGGAAAAACAGAUUACCUACGAAAUAAUAACUAUAGCUUUCAAAUGAUUAGAGAAUGCAUCAUAUCAGAGAGAGAGAAAAAAAGAAUAUGAUUAUUAUUAUUAUUAUGAUUUGAAUCAAUCUUGUCUAUUUUAUAAAUUUUCAAUCGAACUAAUUGUGAUUUAGUUAAAACUGGUAUCAAGAAGAAGAAGAAAACUAAACCAUUUAUUUUUUAUUUGUCAUUUCACAAAUUAUCAUCACUAUCUUCUCUCAGUCAUUUGAAUGUGUCAAUUCGUCUUUUUAUUAUGUGUGUGUGUGUGUGUAUGUGGGUGAAAUAAUUGCAAUGAGUUGGGUUUUUUUUGUUUAAACCUUUAUCCACUCUCUCUCUUUCAAAGGAUUGCAUUAAUCUAUUUUAUAUGAUUGUUCAUUUUCUUUUCCCAGGUGAGAUUAUAUAAUUGUUAAGUGUAUAUCUUUUCAUUUCGUGUAUUACACACUUACACAAAAUCCAUAAAUUCAGACUACAAGAUUAUUAUUACUAUUAUUAUUAUUAU